AUGGCUCUGGCCAAAGUUGCACCUGGCUUCAAGAAGGUUUUGGAUUCAUUGCUUGACGAUACUAUCUCAAUUCGAUGUACACGAUCAAUUACUCGUUUCAAAAAUCUACUUGGAAUCAAAAAACGACAGGAUGUUGCUCCAGCAAGAAUUUCUGCUCGCCGAAAAACAGAAGGUUCGCUUAAUCCACAGCGGCGUUCUAUUAGACUUCGAAGUCUACCUGUUCAAAGAUUGGCUGUGGUGCAAGAAAAUUACGAUGACCCGAAUAAAAAAUGGUGUGUGUGUCGAAAGCCAGACGAUUAUACACCUAUGAUUCAGUGCGAUGGACCUCUGUGCCAAAUCGAAUGGUUCCAUAUGAAUUGCAUCAAAAUGUCAAUAGCGCCCAUUGGUUCUUGGUUUUGUCCAAACUGUCAGUUAAAUUAA